UACUAUUCAUUUCGGUGUCAGAAACUGAUGAGAAUGGUGCAGCAAAGCGUUUGACUCUCGUUUCAUGGGCGUCUUGUCCUCCCUCAAAGAUCGGGCCAAGCUCACUCUAUUUUUAUUUUUAUUUUUUUUUGAUCGAAUUACCAGAGGAAUUAAAUCAUCCUUCAAUAUUUCACUUUCGAAGGUAGAUUGUUAAUGAUUUCUGCGCGCUAUAUGACAACAAGGAGUUCGAGUGCGGCAUCUCAUGCACUCUGUCACACUCUCCAUCUCCUCUUCCAUUCCUUCUCAGGGAGCUAGACGGAGAAUGAUAUUUGAGUAGUCCCAUGGGAAGUGCACUCAGCGGCGGGAGGAGGGAUGGCCGGCGGCUGGCGGAGGAGCGGGAGGAACUGCGGGCGAAGGUAGCGGCGCUGGAGGAGGAGCUGAGGGAGGCGCGCAGCGCCGCGGCGGCGAGGGCCGAGGCGUGGGAGGCGGAGCGGCGGGAGAGAGGGGAGGAGACAGGAUGGCUGAAGGAGGCCGCGCCGUCCAGGGGAGGCGGCGACGAGGCGGCGGCUGAGGAGGAGGCGCGGCGGGAGGAGGUGGUCGGGAAGUGGAAGCUGCUCUACCUCGCGAUCAAGACCGAGCUCGACGAGCUCAUCCAAAGGACUCGACAAGAGAGAUCUUUCAUCGGAGCGGAACAAGGCCCGAUCGAGCAACUCCAGAGGGAGGUGAAGGCAAAGGAAGACGCGAUGGGGACGCUAAGGUCGCGCGUCGAGGCAAUGGAGCGGGAGGCUUCGAGACGAGACCGGGAGAUCGACAUCUUGAAGCAAAGCUUAAGGAUUCUAAGCAACGGCAAGAAGAGCCGCGUCGGGAAGAAUCAAAUUCAUCAGGGACUCGUGUGUCGUAGAUGAGGAAGCAGCAGCGUUAACUCGAUGUUCUUGUGGCAUUUAACAGAAGAAUUAAUUAAAUCACAAAAUUUAAGAUAAUUUCAUUAUAUUAUUUUUUUAUAUCAUAAAUAUUUUCUUUAUUGACACGGCAUGAUUGCCACCGCAGGGGAUGAUUUGGUAA